GCGGGCUUUGGUUCGAUAUGGCGGCAGGGUUCGAAACCUCUGUUUGUUAUGUUUGUAUAACACACGCCUUCGCUUCAGCAGGACAGCCACUGUCCCAUGUUACAGCAAACCCUGCUUGAGACACUGCGGCCAACAUGUCAUCUCCAGCGGGGCUUGAGUACUCCCAGGCAGACUUCCUGGCCCGAUGGAUGCCAAGUAGUACCAGAGCCGGGGUGAUCCUCAACCCUUCUGCAGAUUUGGCCUCCUCCCUGCGUCACAUGCCUGCCAUGGGAUCUCCACACCUGGUGCCAGAUGACUCCUUCGCCUCCGACUUCGCUCCCUUGCCUGCCUCUGCAGACAGCAGCUGCCUGGAGGUGGAUGGGUUUGCCGGCGGAUCGCUUGGAGGAGAGAGGCCGGUGAACAGUCUCUGCCCUGUCACCGCUAACGUUUCCGAUGGACGUUUGGACAGUUUGGAGGAAAUGGCGAGCAAAUCGCAGGAUAUGCCCCUUAUGAUGAAGCUGGAACAGUUGAGGAAAUGGCAGCAGCACAUGCAGGAGCAGCUAAAAGCCCAUCAGCUGGAGGAGCUGCUUCGUCUGCAGGAGGAGCAGCAGAAGCUUCUGGGAGCAGUGAACGGAUCUCAGCUUUGCACCGGAGAGAUGUCUGGAGCAGAAUGGCCUGAAGACACACUCCACGAGUCGUCUCAUUACAGAGAGAGGACGUACAGCUCCGAUAUUCACCCCCGUGGAGUCCCACAGGGCUCUACCUGUGGCCUCCGACAAGAGCAGCAGCUACGUGUUAAUCAAGAUCAUGAUGAGAGCGACCACGACGAGGAAGAAUCAUGGGACUCCAGAGAAGACGAUCAGGAGCAGAGCGUUGAUAUCAGCCAGUUUCCUGAGCAACUAAUUCAAGGAAGUGGUGCAACUAGAGCCGAAGACGACAGUAGAAGAGAGGACGUCAACGACAGACCCAUAAGGCCGGGUAUCGGGGGCCAGAAGCAAACAUUUGAGGAGUUGUUGGAGGAGCAGUUGAGGCUGGAGGAGCAGAAGCUGAAGUCUGCACAGCAGCAACAGAGCCAACACGGAGCUUCGCAGAUUCCUGCUAAAAGGGCCUUUCUGAAGAGGGGCGAGGGGCUCUCCAGAUUUACCAAGAACCGCAAAGCUUCGGUACAAAAACCAGAGGUGAAGAACGACCCCAAACAAAAACCUCAAGCCAGAGGAAUCUCUCGCAGCAACUCAGAGCCUGCAUCCAUCCAGAGGGUUAGUACCAACAGCGCCCCGCGGCUUCCCGUCCAACGUAAAACCGCCAUCCUCAACAAAGAAAACCGACAGAGGGGACAGAUCUCACCCCCUCAGGACGUCAGAGCGGAAAGUAAAGCAGCACGGACAAAAGUGUUGGGUUGUCACCAAAGACACAACACAAAAGGACCAGAGUAUAUUCAGGGUGAAAGAGAAGGCAAACAAAGCAAACAUCCUCUGGAGCAGAGUAACAGGAGAGUAGGUCUGUGCGUUCAGGCCGUGAGGAACCCGAACCCCGUAACCAAACAUCUGGGCGCGUUGGCCGCGCAAAACGAGGCAGCGAAAGAGAAAAGCAGCUGUGGUUCGAAAGCGGAACCGGCCGGAGGGAGAAGAGCGUCGAGCGGAGGAGACGGAGCUCAGCGGGAUUCCUUCGAGCUGUCGUUCCAGGAGAAGCUGCAGCGCUGGGAAUGUGACCAGCAGGUGGAAAACAUGGAGCUGGGAGAGUUUGAGCUGCUGGAGCAAGCAGCCGAAGAGCUGUCGUUCUCAUCCAACUCCUCCUUUGUCAUGAAGGUUCUUCAUAUGGACCAGAAGCAUUGGAAGCGUCACGCUGCUACAGGGCUCCACCAGCGACGCCUGUCCUCCACCCCCAUCAAGUCUCCUCCCAGAGGCUCCCUGCAGAGCUGCAGCAGCGCUUUGACAUGUGAAAGCAGUUCUGGGAAUUCAGAAGCACCUUUGGCCAAGAGCAAACUGAGCGCUGAGGACAAGGAGGAGGUGGACAGUGGGAGAGAAGACAAAUGUGAGAUGUCUGACAUAUCGUCCUGCGAUGACUCUGAUUUCACAGAGCAGGACGGAUUAGUCAAAAGCACACUUUCCUUCCCUGUGGCGUCUAACCCGCCUUACGACAAGCGGACGUAUGAGGACGAGGAUGAUUUCAGGGAUUCGGCUUCAGACGUAGCACAAGAGGAUGAUGAUGAUGAUGAUGAUGAGGAGAGCGUCCUCAGCAACGCAGACGAGUCCACGCUGGUGGAGGACGAAGGCAGCCGGCGGGUGAGAGUCGUGUUUGACGAUGACGACACGUGGAACGACCUGGACGACACGACUUGCGACAAGAGGGAAACUAGUCCCGUCUCCAAGCUGACGGCCGGCGGGAAAACACCAGCAGACAAGACUCUGGUGAGGAAGGUGGCAGCGAGUAAAGCGGCGGAGCUGGAUGAGGACACAGCCGACCUGGUCCCUGAUCCUCCUCCUGCCUCCCAGCUCAUGACCAGGUUGUUCCCUUCACUGAAGCCGAAAGCACAGAACAAACCACUACCUCCUCCUCCUGCUCCUCAUGCUCCAACUGAGUCCAGAAAACCAGACGAGGAGACAGUUCAGCAGGUUCAGUCCAGGCAGCUCCGUGAGAGGCUGGUUGAGCUGGAGAUUGAGAUCGAAAGAUUUAAGAAGGAAAACGCUGCACUUACCAAACUCAGGCAGGACAACGAGACAAAGCAGGAGAACCUCAGGAGAGAGCGUUUGGAGUUUGAGCAGACAAAGGCAGAGGAGCUGGCACAGUUUGAGGAGUACAAGAAAGAGGAGAACAGGAAGUUGCAGAAGGAGCGUAAACUCUUUGAGAAGCACGCGUCGGCUGCCAGAGCAAUACCCGACAAGAAGGAGCGGGAGGAAAUCCAGGUGUUGAAGCAGCAGCUGAGCUCCCUGCAGGAGGAGCUGAGGAGGAGGGAGAGCCGCUGGACCUCCACCCAGAGCCGACUACGGCAACAGAUCGACUCCCUCAACCAGGAGAACAGCUCCCUACGGGACGAGGUCCGUAUGUUGGAAAAGCUCCGCCUCAGCGCCUGGAAGAAAAACCCCGGAGAGAAGGACGCAGAAACAAAAGAUGCUCCCAGAAUAUUUGAGAAAAAUGUGUCAUCUAUGACCAAAGGAGUUACGUUCGCUAGUCCUCUGGACUCCAGAGGAGGAAGCAGCAGCAGCAUCAGUCCUCCUCAGAGCAGCACAGCGGCAGCUACUCGAAGGAACUCCAGGGAGAGCGGCCAGGUCACUGCAGCAGGAACAAAGAGCAGCCUGAGGAGAACAUCAAGACAAGAGCCGCCCUCCUCCUCCUCCUCCUCCUCCUCCUCCUCCUCCUUACCUGACAGGAGGACAGAGGAGAAGAGUCAGGAAAAACCCCCGAGCCCAGAACAACCUCACAGCUGCUCUCCAAAAAGAGAUUCUCCAGCAAAAGAGACGGAGCCCAGUGAAACCGAAGAGUCAACACAGGAGGUCAUCACACAUCCUGAUGGAAAGGUGGAGAAGGUUCUGGUCGGCGGCGAUCGUCUCAUCGUCUUCCCCAACGGGACCAGGAAGGAGGUGUCGGCGGACGGCCGGUCAGUCAAAGUCACCUUCUUCAACGGGGACACCAAGCAGAUCACAGCCGACCAGAGAGUGAUCUACUAUUACUCCGAGGCCCAGACGACUCACAUCACGUACCCGGACGGGAUGGAGGUCCUGCACUUCCCCAACAACCAGACAGAAAAACAUUUCCCAGACGGCAGGAAGGAAAUCACCUUCGCAGACCAGACGGUGAAGAACCUGUUCCCUGACGGCCGAGAGGAGAGUGUUCUGACGGACGGUACCAUCAUCCAGGUCAACCCGGACGGCACCAAACAGAUCCACUUCAACACGGGUCAGAAGGAGAUUCACACGUCCGACUACAAGCGGCGCGAGUAUCCGGACGGCACCGUGAAAACCGUCUACGCCGACGGCCGACAGGAGACACGCUACCCGACCGGACGGCUCCGGAUCAAAGACAAGGACGGGAACGUCAUCGUGGACAACAGAGCGUAGACAUUAAAACUGGUGCUUUUAACUUUUAACUAAACUCCAAAAGCCUUCAGGAAAAAAACAAAAAAACUUGAGGAGUUGGUGCUUUUCUUUUUGACUCUACCUCUUUAGAGGAAGAUCGACAGUGAACGAGUCUUAAUGCUAAAUGCCACAAAAAGAACCGACAAAGCAACAUCUGGUCACCACAUAACACAAAGAGAAUCAGAAACAUCUUCCUUUUAUUUAUUUGAACUGUCAUUUCUAUUUUUUUUAAGUGUCAAAUUCCUUUAGCUCCUCACAGAACAUCUAGUGUUUGACACAAUGCUCUUUUUUUUUGUGCUCAGACUUUCCUGAUCCUAGUUUCAUACCUGAGCCUUGAAUGAAAUGUUACAAAUUCUUUAACAUUAACUUUUGGGAAGUAAACUUCCUUAAAUCUCGCUGGGAAAUUGGUCUUUAGUCUAAACAACACAAUGUUCUUCCAGGAUAUUUCCAUGUAAAUGUAAAUAUUUUAACAGUAACUUAGGAAACUUGACUCCCUUCGUUUACAGGAACAAAAUGUGACGUGUGCUGUAGAUUCAGGUAGAUUUACCUCAGACUGGUGCGUAUUUUGUUUUGUUUGUGAUGAUUUUAAUUUGUAAAAAUGUUAAAUACAUAUUUAUUUUCUUAGCUGGCUGUAUAUGAUUUUUUUUUUUUGUAAAAUAAAUUUUAUGUUUUUAUCUAA